AUGGAAAUCCCGGCAAAUGCCUCACUUAUUUUGUGCAUUAUAGCGGCCUCCUUUGUUUCAAAGGUUCUGGGGCACCAUGGACGUGCCGACAGGAAUGAUCCCAACGAGAAGGUGUUUAACGUGUUACGUUAUGGAGCACAUCGUGCAAGAGAGGAUAACGCGCCGGUAAGCUGGUUUAGUAUUUUGGAUCGUCCAGCACCCAUUAAGGUUCAAAUUGCAGGAACUCUGAAAGCUGUACCAGACCCUAGCACGUACGAAGAAGAUUUCUGGAUCUUGUUUGAAAACAUCAAUGGCUUACUGGUUACUGGUACAGGCACUGUUGAUGGCCAAGGCAAUGCUGUCUGGAAAUACGAUGUCGGCGACGGCGGUGCCAAGUCCCCUAGUUCUAUAAAACUUAGCCAUGUAGUCAAUGGGAUUAUAAGACAGAUCACCUCUAUGAAUCCAAUGGGUUUCCGCAUAUCCAUCGUCCUGUCACAGAACACCAAGGCCAAAAAUCUUGCUAUAUUUGUGGAAUGGUCUUGGUAA